ACCAGGCUGCUCCACUUCACUCCAGCCUGCUGAACUCCAGUCCAGCAGUCUGACAGAUAACUGAAGACUGAAGACAAAUAAAAGAAAGAGACUGGCUGGUCUCUAACUGACGAAGCCAUGGGGAAGAAACUCCUUCAAGAUGAUGUAAAGGAGCUCCCGCAGGCUCAGCUUAACAAGCUGCCAAUCAGUCGAUGUCCCAUGUCUGUCCAUAUGAGAAACUUCCAGAAUGGCUCGAGACACCAGGACAUGCUCCACCACCGAGCUGUCAAGAAUCAAUCCUGCAAACCCAAAGUGUGUGAGGGUUCAAUCAUGAAUCCAAAGCAUUUCACCCGAGGCCCCCCUGUAGCUCCACCGGCACCCAACGAGCUCCUCACUCAGGCUAUUGACUUCAUCAAUCAGUACUACAAGUCCUUCAAAACGUCUAAAAUUGAGGAGCACUUGGGCCGUGUUGAUGAGGUGGCCCGGGAGAUCGAUGCCACAGGAACUUAUCAGCUCACCACUGAAGAGCUGGCGUUCGGAGCCAAGCAGGCGUGGAGGAAUGCGCCGAGGUGCAUUGGCCGGAUUCAGUGGGCUAAUUUACAGCUGUUCGAUGGACGCAAAUGCAAGACUGCGGAGGACAUGUUCCAGUUCCUGUGUGCUCACCUUAAAUUCGCCACUAACGGAGGAAACCUGAGGUCAGCCAUCACUGUGUUCCCUCAAAGAACUGACGGGCAACACGAUUUCCGUGUUUGGAACAGUCAGCUUGUGAGAUACGCCGGUUAUCAGAUGAAUGAUGGAAGUGUGAUUGGGGAUCCUGCCAGUGUGGAGUUCACAGAGCUUUGUAUCCAGCUUGGAUGGAAACCAAAAUAUGGGCUCUUUGAUGUGCUGCCACUGGUCCUGCAGGCUGAUGGAGAGGAUCCUGAACUGUUUGAAAUUCCCCCAGAACUGAUAUUGGAGGUUGAAAUGGAGCAUCCUCAUUACGAGUGGUUCAAAGAUCUGAACCUCCGGUGGUACGCCCUGCCCGCAGUGGCCAACAUGCUGCUGGAGGUUGGUGGUCUUGAGUUUACUGCUUGCCCCUUCAAUGGCUGGUACAUGGGCACUGAGAUUGGAGUGAGGGACUUCUGCGAUCCUCAGCGUUACAACAUUCUGGAGAAGGUUGGUCGUUAUAUGGGCUUGGAAACUCAGAAGCUGUCCUCACUGUGGAAGGAUGAAGCUCUGGUUGCCAUCAAUGUUGCUGUGAUUCACAGUUUUCAGAAAAAUAAGGUGACCAUCACCGAUCAUCACUCUGCAGCCGAGUCCUUCAUGAAGCACAUGGAGACUGAAGUGCGUCUGCGAGGAGGGUGUCCCGCAGACUGGAUCUGGCUGGUGCCGCCCAUGUCUGGCUCUCUUACCCCGGUGUUCCACCAGGAGAUGAUCAGCUACAUCCUCUCCCCUUUCUUCUACUACCAGACGGACCCGUGGUUAACAUAUGAAUGGAAAGAUGAAAAGAGAGGUCUGAAAAAACGAAAAAGAACCAGCUUCAAAGGUCUGAUAAGGGCUGUGGUCUUCUCCCAAACCCUCAUGAGAAAGGCCUUGAAGAACAGAGUGCCCUGCACUAUUCUCUACGCUACUGAAACCGGAAAAUCUCAGACUUUUGCCAAGAAGCUGAAGAUAAUACUUAGCAGUGCCUUCAACCCCAGGCUGCUCUGCAUGGAGGACUACAAUUUCCAUGAGCUUGAGAAAGAGCGUCUCCUGAUAGUGGUGACCAGCACCUUUGGCAAUGGAGAACCUCCAGGAAAUGGAGAGAGUUUCAAGAAGCACCUUUUCAGCAUUAAAAACCUCCGAAACAAAGUCAGGUACUGUGUUUUCGGCCUGGGCUCUCGGAUGUACCCGCAGUUCUGUGCGUUUGCUCAUGCUGUGGAUGAUAAGCUUGCAGAGCUGGGAGCCAAGUGUGUGACCCCCAUAGGAGAGGGUGAUGAGCUGAAUGGGCAGGAAGAGGCGUUCUCCGCCUGGGCCUACACUGCUUUUAAGGCUGUGUGUAAGGAGUUUGGCAUUGAGAGUCAACUGUCGGGGGCUGAGCGUCUAACAGACAACUGGGAGCCCCAGAGACACAGAGUUCAGCCCGACAGCUCCACUUUAGACCGCAUCUCAGCUCUCUCAGCCCUCCACUCAAAAUCUGUGCUUUCUAUGAAGUUCAAAAGGAGGAAGAACCUACAGAGUCCACAAUCAAAACGCUCCACUAUCCUGGUGGAGCUGGAGGUACAUGGAGGAAAGGAUGUUCUGAAAUACGCUCCAGGAGACCAUGUUGGUGUUUUCCCAGGGAACUCACCCGAGCUGGUGACUGGAAUUCUGAAGCACCUCACCAACAUCCCUCCCUUCAAUCAGAGUCUCCGUCUGGAGUACCUCCCUGACUCCAGCUUAGGGGGUACGCAGUGGCAGGCUGAUCCCCGCAUCCCAGCAUGCCCUCUGGCCAAAGCUCUUACAUACCUCCUGGACAUCACCACUCCACCUUCUCAAAGUUUCCUGCGCAAACUCUCACAAAUGACCAAGAAGGAAGAUGAGCGACAGCUUCUGAUGGCUCUUGCUAAGGACUUCAAGAGUUACUCAGAAUGGAAAGCUUUCCGUCGGCCCAACUUCCUGGAGAUUCUGGAGGAGUUCCCAUCCCUGGAGGUCUCUGCAGCCUUCCUCCUCAGCCAGCUGCCCCUGAUGAAGCCCCGCCUCUACUCUGUUAGCUCCUCCCCUGACCUCCACCCUCAUGAGCUCCACCUUACAGUGUCUGUGGUCAACUAUCGCCCUCAGGAUGGAAAGGGUCCUCUGCAUCAUGGAGUCUGCAGCACAUGGCUCAACACCCUCAAAGAAGGUCACCUGGUGCCCUGCUUUAUUCACGGAUCCAGUGGGUUCCACCUUCCACCAGACCCCCGUUCUCCUACUAUCCUGAUUGGAGCUGGCAGUGGCAUCGCCCCCUUCCGCAGCUUCUGGCAACAGCGUUACCAUGACAUGAAGAAGACAGGUCUGAAAGAGAGUCCAAUGAUGCUGGUGUUUGGCUGCCGUGGUUCAGACACAGAUCAUCUGUAUAAAGAAGAGACUUAUGAGAUGAGAGACAACAGCACUCUGAAGAGCAUCACUCCAGCGUACUCUCGCCAGCCUGGACAGCCCAAGGUAUAUGUUCAAGAUGUCCUGAAGAAGCAGCUCAGCGAGGAGGUUUGGCAGGUCCUUCACCAGAACAGUGGACACCUUUAUGUGUGCGGUGGCAUUAACAUGGCUCGAGACGUAGCACGCGCCAUACAGGAAAUCCUGAUUAGCAGGCUGGGGAUGUCUGUCACAGAGGCUGGAGAAUAUCUGGAAAAACUAAAGGCUGAGAAGAGAUACCAUGAAGAUAUCUUUGGAGGCUAGUCAACAUCUUCACCACUUACUCAGUUCAGUUCUGUGGACUUUUGCUUUUUCCUUAAUAUAACCAGUCUUUAUGAUGUUUUGUCGUUUUGUAAUAAUACAUGCUGUACUAUGAAAGUAAUUGCAUUACAUACAUUGGCUUGGGUUGAAGGUAUUAUUAUAAUUAUUGUUUACUUAUUGUACUACUGACUGUAAUAUAUUUGUGAAUCUAUUAUUCACUUAUUUCCAUCUCAGAAUCUGAUCCGUAACUUAAUUCACUCUCUGGGUGUUUUCUGAGUUCUACUUGUGAUAAAAUGGAAUAUGUGGGGCUGCUUUACGAAUGUGAAAUAUUCUGUAGUUGCUUCAUCAGGAAUGUUGUGUAUAUUGCAAUGCUGUUGCUACUUUGCACUGCAUCAGGGCUUUGAGGACUACGUCAUUAAGUGCAGUAAUACCAGUACAUAUAUCCUAACGUAGAGUUCUAUAUUCCAGAAAUACUGUAAUGCUUUUGUUUUGUGCAAAUCAUUUUACAACAUAUUUUCUACUAUUAAAUAAUAAGGACAAUGAUGUUUGCCUGUUUGUCAGGCUAUAUACUCUGUACAAAUAUACUUGUA